AUCCUUGUCUAUAAGCCUGGAGAAUUUAGCCAAGCCCUCGUUGCUUUCUACACGAGCAACAACGAAGGAAUGGUGCCAGAGAAAUUAGCGCUGAAAUUAGCUAGUCAUCUCCAGCCAUACAUGCAGCCCCAAUUGGUUUAUCUGGAUGAUCUGCCUCUGCUUGUCAAUGGCAAAGUGGACCGCCAGACCUUACUGAAGAUGUAUGAAAACCAAUCUGAAGGAGCGACAGAAGACUUACUCAUCGACCUUACGGGGGUGGAGGCGGAAAAGCGGCCCGCAGCACGAGCACUCUUGUUGACUAUUGGGCGUGUAUUGGGAGCGGCGGUGACCAGAAGUUCUCCUUUGUCCAUUAAGGACAGCUUCUUCGAGGUCGGAGGGAAUUCCCUUAACUCGGUGCUGACUGUGAUGAGCUUGCAGGAUCGCGGCUACCAUAUUGGUAUAGGAGAGUUCUUAAAGGCUUCGACAUUGGGAGAAGUGGUUGAAUAACAUGCAACAAGUCAAGGUAGAAGAAGAUAUUUCUGAAGGCAACAUUUGCAGCAAAGUUAAGGGUGUACAAGAGUACGAAUGUUUUCCUCUCGACUUUUCACACAAGGAAGUUGU